AUGGCCACCGCCGUCCCCACGGCGGCUCUCUCCACACCGGCCCGCGCCGGGCCGGCGCCGCUCCGUGCUCCACUCCGCGCAGAUCCGUGCUACUUGCCACAGUUCCACGCGGCACUAAUCAAGUCUGGGGAGCUCACCGCCUCGCCCAAGUCCUUCCACUCCCUCCUCGAGGCGGCCGCCGCCUCUCCGACGCUGCUCCCCUACGUGGUCAGCCUGUUCCGUUUGGGCCCGCGGCCGCCGCCUUCCGCGCCGUGCUACAACGUCCUUAUGCGGGCUUUUCUUCACGCGGGCCACCCGGAGGACGCCCUUCACCUGUUCGUCGAAAUGCUCGACGCGGCUUCGGCCUGCCCUGACCAGCACACCGUCGCCUGCGCCCUCAAGUCAUGCGCCAGGAUGUGCGCGCUGGAUGUAGGGCGCGGUGUCCAGGCUCACGCAAUCAAGCGUGGGCUCAUGGUCGAUCGGUUCGUGCUGAGCAGCUUGAUACAUAUGUACGCGAGCUGUGGGCAUGUUGCAGCGGCACGGCUGCUGUUUGACGCAGUGGAGGAGAAGGGUGUGGUGAUGUGGAACGCAAUCAUUGCGGCUUACUUGAAGAACAGAGAUUUGAUGGAGGUGGUGGAGAUGUUUAGGGGCAUGCUUGCGGUUGGUGUGGCCUUUGAUGAAGUCACAUUGGUGAGUGUAGCCACGGCAUGCGGACGAAUAGGUGAUGCGAAGCUUGGGAAGUGGUUUGCUGGAUAUGUGGAUGAGAAGGGGCUGGUAAGGAACCGAAACUUGAUGACUGCAUUGGUUGACAUUGAGAUGCAGCUUGCUGAAGUUGGGCCGAAUGAUGUGACCAUGGUCAGUGUGCUCUCUGCUUGUGCUGUCCUGGGUGCACUUGAGACAGGAAAGUGGGUGCAUUCCUACAUAAGAAGGAAGCGUUUACCUCUCGCAAUUAUUCUUGGCACUGCAUUGGUGGACUUCUAUGCAAAGUGUGGAUGCAUUGACGAUGCAGUUGAAGCAUUCGAGUCAAUGCCUGUGAAGAACUCAUGGACAUGGACAGCCUUGAUAAAGGGCAUGGCAACCAAUGGAAGGGGCAGGGAAGCAUUGGAACUCUUCUCAUCCAUGCGCAAGGCCAGUAUCGAGCCCACAGAUGUGACAUUCAUUGGUGUUCUCAUGGCUUGCAGUCACAGCUGCUUAGUUGAAGAGGGUCGCCGGCAUUUUGAUAGCAUGACUCAGGAUUAUGGCAUUAAGCCAAGAGUUGAGCACUAUGGAUGUAUUGUGGAUCUAUUGGGGUGGGCUGGUUUGGUAGAUGAGGCAUACCAGUUUAUCAGAACCAUGCCCAUCAAGCCAAACACUGUUAUCUGGAGGGCAUUACUGUCUUCCUGCGUAGUUCACAAAAAUUUUGAAAUCGGGGAAGAAGCACUAAAGCAGAUCAUCUCCUUGAACCCCAAUCACAGUGCAAUGAUUCGAAAGGAAAUGAAAGACAAAGGGAUUGAGAAAAUUCCAGGUUGUAGUCUCAUUGAGCUGGAUGGGGUUGUCUUCGAGUUCUUUGCUGAAGACAGUGACCACCCCCAAUUGAGGGAGAUAUACCAGAAAGUUGAGGAGAUGAUUGACAGGAUCAAGAUGGCUGGGUAUAUCCCAAAUACAGCUGAUGUGAGGCUAGAAGUUGAUGAGUAUGAGAAGGAAGUAUCUGUUUCCCAUCACAGUGAGAAGCUGGCCAUUGCAUUUGGCCUGAUGAAGUUGGACCCUGGUGCAACAAUUCGCUUAUCGAAGAAUCUAAGAGUGUGCACAGACUGCCACUCAGCCACAAAGUUGAUUUCGAAGGUGUACAAUAGGGAGAUUGUUGUUCGAGACCGGAAUAGAUUUCAUCAUUUCAAGGAUGGUACUUGCUCCUGCAAUGAUUACUGGUGA